GUUUUCAGUUGUAAAUGAACCUAGAAUGGAUACUGUACAAAUGUAAUAUAUAUACUGUGUAGCCUAUAUGUACAGGUGUGUGUGUGUGUGUGUGUGUGUAUCUUAUCACCAUUAAUUAUGUCACUUCAAUCCCUUAUGAACAGGGAAGGAAGAUUUGUCUUGGUACAGAGUUGGAAGACAAGUUGAAGAAUCUCCUUAAGAGGAUGGAAAAGAUGGGGCUAGGUCCCACCUUCUUGGAAUUCCAGGAUAUAGUACAUGACUAUCUCAUUGCCAAUGAAAUAAGCACUCCAUUCAAAGACAACCGACCUGGACGUGAUUGGGUUAACAGCUUCCUGCUCAGACAUAAUAUGACAUUAAAAAAAGGAGGACAAAUGCAGUUGGCCCGCAAGAGUGUUACUUCAGAUCCAUUUGUUAUUUAUGGAUUUUACGACAUGCUUGAGAAGGAAAUGGAUCGUCUCAAUAUCAAAGAUCGUCCAGUGUAUUUAUAACUUGGAUGAAACGGGUUUCCCAAUGGACCCAUCAAAGUCCAAGACAAUUGGGUCAAAGGGAGAAAAAACAGUGAGGCUCACACAUGGCGCUAACAGAGAGAACAUUACCGUCCUCGCAACAUGCUGUGCAGAUGGUACAUGUCUUGAUCCCCUUGUAGUUUUCAAGGGCAAGAAAAUGCAGUCAACUUGGAUAGAAGAGGAAGCACUCCCAGGCACACAGUAUGCUGUUACUGAAUCUGGAUGGAUGACAAGUGCUGUGUUUGAGGACUAUUUUAAGACAUUAGCAAAAAAGACUGCUAACACCCGUCCAUUACUGGUAAUCCUCGAUGGACAUAUAAGCCACACUUCACUGACCACUGUGGAGGUGGCAAUCCAGGAGAAUAUCUCAUUAAUCAAACUACCUCCACAUUGUACCGACUUGCUUCAGCCUUUAGACGUUGCCUGUUUCGCACCAAUGAAAUCAAACUAUGAUGCAAAGCUUACACAAUAUGUGCAGACAUCUGGCGCACGAGAACCGCUUAGAAAAUCAGGAUUUGUUAACAUGCUAUGUAGCAUCUGGAGGCAAAGUCUUUCAGAAAAUAACAUAAAAGCUGGCUUCAAGGCAACUGGCUUAAUGCCCAUUGAUAAGACAAAGUAUAACAAUGAGAGGCUAGAUCCUAUCAAAUUGGCAACAUACAACUCAUGGGUAAGCAAAGGGAUGCCAACUAAUGAGAAUAAUGACCCAAUUCUUGAAGAGAUACCCGAGCCAAAUAAUCAGGAAGAGCCACAAAUUGAACUGCCCAUUGAACCAAUUAGGACAUCAACACCAGCUCCUACAACACUCACUCAUACAGAUUCAAAGGCAGGCUGCAGCCACUGGACAAAUGAUCAGUCUAAUUCAUUAACUAGUCAAAUUAAUCAAGAUGCAGAGAACAAUACUUUGAGUAAAUUCAGCACAGCAGAACUGGUUGAUGAACUGCAAAGAAGAGCCCCUUCAGGUAUGAAGUACACCAUCACUUUGGAGUUAAAACCUACUGAAACCACUCUGGAGGAGGUGCUCCAUGCCCGUUGUCGAAGUGCUACCCCAGUUAUGAAACGUAGAAGAGUAAUACCUAUGAAAGGACAGGUUAUUACCAAUGAAGAGUGCUUAAAAGAGAUCAAGAGUAAAGAGGAGAAUAAAAUGCAAACAGCUAAGCAAAACAAAAAGACAAAGCAGCCCCCAAAGAAAAAGAAUGUUGAAGUUUCAGACACAGAUUCCACAACUGUAUCCACUGAGGAAAUGGAUGAUGGCAACACUUCCAGUGAUAUCUCGCUGUCUGACCUGCUGCCUCCUAUGACCCCAGAAGCUACAGAUGAAGUCAAUGAACAAGAGAAUGCUGGCACUAAUCAUGAUAUGAUGCCUAAGCUGAGUGAUGAUUCUGUGAACAAAUAUUAUGCUGUAUUUUACACUGAUCCCAAGUUAAAAUAUUAUUGGGGUAAGGUGACAAAGACCUUUACAAAUGACGAUGACGACGAUGACAUUGAAAAGGUGGAAGUUGACUUCCUUCACCAAAAGGCAUUUAGUAGUAACCCACAUGACUGGACAUGGUGCGAAAGACCAGUAAAAGACAUUGAAGUAUUAGAGUCACAGUAUAUAUUUUAUGGACCUGUUCUCCCAGAAAUCAAAAAAGGAGUUUUCAUUUUCCUUGAUGUAGAGGCAAAUGCCUGUCUUCUUCGUCUUAAAAAGGAAGGGCUCUGUUAAUUAAUUUUAUUAACAGAAUGGAUCUGACCUAGUACUAGGGUCAUUAUUUACCCUAUUCAUUUUUUCCCCACGUGAUUUUUUUUACCCCAAAAUGGUAAUUUUUUUCCCUACAGGCAAAUUUGCCAAAUUUUUCAAAUAAUUCAGUUUGUUUAGUGAUUCUUAGAGAAAAUUCAUCUCUAUGAACUCUAUUAGAAUCCAAUGUAAUUAAAAUUUAGAGAAGUUUCAGCCCUUUUAUUUUUUGCCCCUCACAAUUCAUUUCUUACCCCAUUUGGGGGCAACAAAUGAUUAUGUCUUUUUCAGUUAUUAAGAAAAAAAUAUAAAGAUUAGAACAAAAAAGUGUACAACAUUGAAAGCACAACAGGAUUACAUAUCUUAUGGUGUAUUUGUUUUUUUUCUAAGGCAAGUAUUAUGGGCUACAGGAUGAUGUUAAUGAAAACUUUCAUUUAUUCCCCCGA